AGGCGGCGGCGGCGGCCGCCAUCAUGCGCGCGCCGCCGGGUCUGGGGAGGCUGCUGGCGGCGCGGGGGUGGGGGCGGCCGCCGCGCCGCGGCCUCGGCGCCAUGGCCCGCUACGGCACGGAGCAGCGGGGGCGGCCCAGCUCGCCCGAUUACCGCCUCUACUUUAAGAAUGCAGAUGGUAAAUAUAUUUCCCCAUUUCAUGACAUUCCACUCUUUGCUGGAGCUAAAGAGAGUAAAGAGAUUCCUGCAAAGAGGUCAAAGACUACUGGAACUGAGGUCCUGUUUAAUAUGAUUGUAGAAGUGCCUCGUUGGACAAAUGCAAAAAUGGAGAUUGCCACUGAGGAGCCGUUGAAUCCCAUUAAACAAGAUAUAAAGAAAGGCAAGCUUCGAUAUGUGGCAAAUAUCUUUCCUCACAAGGGUUAUAUAUGGAAUUAUGGUGCCCUCCCACAGACUUGGGAAGAUCCAAACCAUACAGAUAAUAUUACAGGAUGUUGCGGGGAUAAUGAUCCUAUUGAUGUUUGUGAAAUUGGUUCAAAGAUUCGUUCUUCUGGUGAGAUUGUUCAGGUGAAGGUCUUGGGUGUUUUAGCUCUUGUUGAUGAAGGAGAGACAGAUUGGAAGAUAAUUGCUAUCAGUGUGGAUGACCCAGAAGCUCACAAAAUCCAUGAUAUUGAUGAUGUCAAGAAGCACAAACCAGGUUACCUUGAGGCUACAGUUGACUGGUUCCGAUUAUAUAAAGUCCCUGAUGGUAAACCGGAAAAUCAGUUUGCCUUUAAUGGAGAAUUUAAAGACAAGGAUUUUGCUGUUGAAAUUAUUAAAUCCACCCAUGAAUACUGGAAAGCUUUGCUUCAUAAAAAAGCUGAUGGAGGUAGUAUUAAGUGCACAAAUGUUCUGGUGAGUGGCAGCCCAUUUUGUUGCAGUGAGGAGGAUGCCCUAUCAAUUGUGCAGUCGGUAUAUGCUAUGAUUGAGCCUGUGCUCAUGACUACAUGAGCGUGGCAGGUAUUUUGCACAUGUGCAUGGCUGCCCAGGCAGCCCCUGUUCUGCCCCAAUAGUCACAGUAAUUAUGCAAGUUCAGGUGUCAAAGGAGGCACCAUCCACUGUCUGUGCAGUUAACAUUCCAACAACAUUUCUAGUAAGAAUGUGGUGUCCUGGGUGGUAUUUUGUCACAAACAAGUAAGACUGUCAUUUGCAAAGACAAGUUGGUUUAAGCCAUAUAGAAGCGUCAGACCUAACUGUUUUUCCUAUUCAGGUUUCUUGCUUUCAGCACUUCUUUAAAACUACCUUUAUGGUUGUACCUGUGAAUGUUGAUUAAUGGUACUAAGUUUUAAAUCAAACAAAAACUCAUUUUGGAAUUCAAAUAUGUUUUUAGACAGGUCAGUCACAGCUAUAAGCAUAUCUAUAUAUGCUUAUUUAUUUUAUAUAUUUUUAUAUCUAUAUGCUAUACCUCCUCUAUACUUUCAAAUUUACAAUAACUUGUAGUGAGUAUUUAAAUGCAACUAAAAUUUCAAGUUCAAAUGUAUUUGGAUGGCGAAAAACCUGCAAAGGAAUAUUUCCUUUUGUGUUCUAUGCUGUUUGUAAUUUGAAGCAUGCAGGGUAAAUAGUUAUCUGUUUAAAUCAGCAGUAUCUGUUAUUUCAUCUCUUAAUAAGAAAUCAAAAUUUUUUCUGCUUUUGGGGAUGGAGAUUAGUAAAACCAGUUCAUGAGAUAGGUACCUUGUAUCAAACUUUAUUGUCUUUUUUUAUUAUGAGUGCUUGUCUUCUUAUUAAAUAUUAUCACUUCCGGGC